AACCCAUCAAACGAUGAUUCAACGUGUCCGACAGAGACAAAUACGGAAAACUCUAUUGAACGUUGAUGAUGAAAGUGAAAUCAGUGCUGUAGCAGAAUCCAAGAAGAUUUAUCGAGAAAUUAGUCCAAGAUCCCCUAUGCCUGGAGUACCGUUCGGGUUAGAACUGUUUGUUCCAGUUGAAAGAAUUCUUGUCCGACCACAAGAAUUGCCACCACAAGAUUACGAAGCGUUCACGGAGCACAUGCAUUAUGACAUCAUUGAUCUCGACACGGGGAAAAUUUUUUUCGCCUGGGAAACUGACGUCCAUGGCUUUGGGCGUCAUAGGGUCUACACUCUCCGAAUAGUGGAUUUUGCAGGGAGGCCGGUGCUUCAAGUCAAUAACAUUACUACCUGUCUGACCUCCAUUUUCUGGAUCUUGCGUUGUUUUGGACAAACUGGAAGGCGAGUCAACGUAAACAAACCCGACGGAACUAAACUUAGCGAAGACCAAAGGGAGGAUAUUGCUGCGGCACCUCGUGGCUGA